AUGCCUGCUCGUAAAGAUAAUGUGGCCCAUGCCUGUACUAAUGGCUUCGCAAGUGUGGUGACAAUUACCGGGCUUGUGGAACUCUGGCUAUUUGCUGAUGACACCAUUGUUUCUGUUCAUGGUUUUUAUGUUGCAUUACUCGUUGUAAAUCUCUUUGUAUCGUAUACAAGAAAUGGGUGCCCUGAAUAUCAUCCUUACCAAGAUGCCCGAAUGAUGGGCGAGAUCUAUCUAAGCAGUAUCAGUUGA